AUGAUGUCUCGUGCCUAUGAACUCAUGGAAGGUGUGGAUGCUGAAGUCUCCCUUGAGGCUGGCCUUUCCACUGUGUUAAAGGACCAAACAUUUUCUGAUGUGACUUUGGUGGCCAAUGAUGGCAUCAAAGUACCCGCCCAUCGGGUGAUUCUCUGUGCUCGAAGCAAGGUUUUCAAGACCAUGUUAACUGGAAGCUUCUCUGAGAACUCCAGUCCUACCAUUGAGGUUGAUUUUCCCGGAGCAGUUGUCAAUGCAGUUGUCGAGCACAUCUACACCAAUGAAGUCAAGCUCUUGAAGAAUGUACCCGCAAAGGUGGAUGAAUUCCAAGUUCUAGUCUCCUUGACAGCAGCUGCAGCAUACUACAACCUUCCAAAGCUAUGUCACAGAGUCAACAGCUGCAUGCAAGAUUGUGUUACGAGAAUGCCAUCAUUGUCCUUUGCUGUCAUGGAGGCUUGUGCUCAGGAGGGCCCAGCUAUAUCCAAGGAUGUGUUCCAGGCGGCCUUGUCCAUCAUCUACCAGAAAUUGGAUGUGGAACGAUCAAGCGAGAGUUUGAAUGAAGAUGUUCUGUGUUCUUUGAGCUCAUCCGUGCUGGGACAGGUUCUCAGGGAUGAGGAUCCUCCAUUUCUACUACAAGAGUUCACGCGGUUUCAAAUGGUCCAGCGUUGGUCAAAGAAAGAAGCAAACCGCCAAGAGGCUGCCAAAGCAAUGGUGAAAGAGCACAUAAAGCUACAUUGGAUCAAACCUGAGGAGUUGGCUGACUCUGUUGCUCCUUCUGGUCUGACAGACAUUGUCCAACUGGCAGAAGCAUACAGGGUACAAGCGGUAAAUGCAAAAUACCGGUUGCCCUUUGGGAAGUAUCUCUCCCAUCCAAUCUGGUGUGAAAGUAAUUCAGAUACAUGCUCUCCCCGGCAGCCAAAUGAAGGCUCUUGGAAAACGGACAAACUGAAAUACUGUCGGCUUCUCGAUGGUCACAAAUACCAGUGGAUUAUUACUGCCGAUACACUUGGUGGCGCAGAAUCCAGUGAUGGUAACAAUGCUGCUUCCGGAACAAGCCCAGCUCCUUUUGGGACAGCAGCACCCGCGUUUGGGGCAUCACCCCCGUUUGGAGGUCCCGCCAACAAUUCUCCUUUCGGGUCACCUCCACCCACUGGUGGUUUUGGUAGUACGAGCCCACCCCCCUUUGGAGCCCCAGCACCCGGGUUUGGAGGCAGCGGAGGGCGAGGUCCCGCCAACAAUUCUCCUUUCGGGUCACCUCCACCCACUGGUGGUUUUGGUAGUCCAAGCCCACCCCCCUUUGGAGCCCCAGCAACAGGGUUUGGAGACAGCGGAGGGCGAGGUAGAGGAGGGCGAGGUAGAGGAGGGCGAGGUAGAGGAGGGCGAGGUAUUAAUAGAGGGCAAAAUCGCAAUGGUGUUGUUGUUGGAGUGGCAAAAUCGUCUGCAACGUUGGAUAUUUGCAAGAAUUGUGGAGAACAGCCUUCCUGCUUUGGUAUGGGUGGAGUAUCAGGCCAUAUUUAUCGCGAUGGACUAGCCAACACUGGUGGCAUGUGUCUUGGAUCUGGGCAACACAAACUCCAUUUUACUCUUGAUCUUUCUCCAGAGGAGGUAAACAAUGGCAGACUCUCCAUAUCUGUGGAUGACGGCGUUCCCUUGACUAUUGCUGAUGGCCUAAAAGGCUCCCUGCUUUUCGACGUUGAAGGCUUCGUUCCUGUUGUAUCUUGCUAUGCACAAUCAAGUGCAACCAUCGUGUGCUUCAUGGAGGCGCUGUAA